CGAUAUGAGCUACACUGAAACAAUGAUCGGAGGAAAAAUGCGCCGGCGAUGAGAAGAGAUUAUAACGGCGGAUUGAUCGCCUUUUCGAGAUUUUUCAGCUUCUUUGCUACCAGAACAUGCUCACCGGAAUUAUCUAUCAAUAGCCAGUUUAGGCUUCUCUGCACCACUUGUGACUCCUUGACAACGACGCACACUUUCUCUCAGCUUCUCAGACAAUGCAUAGACGAAAGAUCGAUAUCGGGAAUCAAGAAUAUCCAAGCCCAGAUGCUCAAAUCAGGUUUUCCAGUCGAACUUUCCGGCAGCAAACUCGUCGACGCGAGUUUAAAAUGUGGCGAGAUCGGUUACGCACGCCAGGUGUUCGAUGGAAUGCCUGACAGACAUAUUGUAACAUGGAACUCUCUAAUUGCUUAUUACAUUAAGCACAGAAGAAGCAAGGAAGCUGUUGAUAUGUAUAGAUUGAUGAUCACGAAUAAUGUUUUGCCAGAUGAGUACACGUUGUCUAGUGUUUUCAAGGCGUUUUCAGAUUUGGGUCUUGAGAAGGAAGCACAGAGAAGCCACGGACUUGCUGUGAUUCUGGGUUUGGAAGUCUCGAACGUGUUUGUGGGAAGUGCCCUUGUGGAUAUGUAUGUAAAGUUUGGUAAAACGAGGGAAGCUAAGUUAGUAUUGGACCGUGUGGAGGAGAAAGAUGUAGUUUUGAUCACAGCUUUGAUUGUUGGUUACUCGCAGAAGGGUGAAGAUACUGAAGCUGUGAAGGCAUUUCAAAGUAUGUUGGUUGAGAAAGUUCAGCCUAACGAGUAUACUUACGCUAGUGUAUUGAUAUCUUGUGGAAACUUAAAGGAUAUAGGUAAUGGCAAGUUGAUUCAUGGACUUAUGGUCAAGUCCGGUUUUGAGUCUGCGCUUGCUUCACAAACUUCUCUUCUUACAAUGUAUUUGAGGUGCAGUUUAGUCGAUGAUUCCUUGCGGGUUUUCCAGUGUAUUAAGUACCCAAAUCAGGUAACUUGGACGUCUCUUAUAUCAGGGCUUGUCCAAAACGGUAGAGAAGAGAUGGCUCUAAUCGAAUUUAGAAAAAUGAUGCGUGAUUCAGUCAAGCCCAACUCUUUUACAUUGUCAAGUGCUCUCAGGGGGUGUUCGAAUCUCGCAAUGUUUGAAGAAGGCAGACAGAUUCAUGUUAUAGUGAGUAAAUAUGGUUUUGAUAGAGAUAAGUAUGCCGGAUCAGGGCUCAUUGAUUUAUAUGGGAAAUGUGGAUGCUCAGACAUGGCAAGGUUGGUUUUUGAUACCUUGAGUGAAGUUGAUGUUAUAUCUUUGAACACAAUGAUAUAUAGUUAUGCACAGAACGGUUUUGGACGCGAAGCACUUGAGUUGUUUGAGAGAAUGAUAAAUCUUGGACUGCAGCCGAACGAUGUAACAGUCUUGAGCGUACUCUUGGCUUGUAAUAACUCUGGAUUAGUUGAGGAAGGUUGCGAACUCUUUGACUCCUUUAGAAAGGAUAAUAUCAUGUUAACGAAUGAUCAUUAUGCUUGUAUGGUAGAUAUGUUUGGACGGGCAGGGAGAUUAGAGGAAGCGGAAAUGCUUAUAAUCGAGGUAAUAAACCCAGAUUUGGUUCUGUGGAGGACGCUGCUUAGUGCUUGUAAAGUUCAUAGAAAGGUAGAAAUGGCAGAGCGGAUAACUAGAAAAAUCCUAGAGAUAUCACCUGGAGAUGAAGGAACUCUCAUUCUAAUGUCAAAUCUCUACGCAUCCACUGGGAAAUGGAACAGGGUGAUUGAGAUGAAGAGCAAAAUGAAGGAGAUGAAACUAAAGAAGAAUCCAGCAAUGAGUUGGGUUGAAAUCGAUAAAGAGACGCAUACAUUCAUGGCUGGAGAUUUGUUUUCGCAUCCAAACUCUGAGCAGAUUCUUGAAAAACUCGAAGAGCUGAUUAAGAAUGCUAAAGAUUUAGGAUAUGUUGAAGACAAAAGCUGUGUGUUUCAAGACAUGGAGGAGACUGCAAAAGAGAGAUCUCUGCAUCAACAUAGCGAAAAACUCGCCAUAGCUUUCGCGGUUUGGAGAAAUGUUGGUGGAAGUAUAAGGAUUCUAAAGAACCUUAGAGUUUGUGUUGAUUGUCACAGUUGGAUCAAGAUCGUGUCAAGAGUUAUAAAGAGAGAAAUUAUCUGUAGAGAUUCAAAGAGGUUUCAUCAUUUUAGAGAUGGGUCUUGUUCGUGUGGGGAUUAUUGGUAAAAGUAUGGGUUUGUAUUCGGCCCAAGCCCGUUUCUUCUGAACUAGUGAAAUAGAUAUAAAGCCCAACAUUGUAA